UAUUAAAUCACUUCACAACAUUUUCAUACACACUUCAGAUUUUUCUUCGUUUCAACUAAUUUCCUUCUCUUUGAUUCUCUUUUUCUUUUUUAUUUAUUUUUAUUUCUUUUUAAUUUCAUUUUCAUAUUCUCCCUCUAAAAAAUUUGAAAAGUUAGAUCCAAUUUUUGAAAACUAGAAUUGAAUUUUUUUUAGGGUUUGUGUUAAGUACAAAUUUGAGCGGUGGCUCCUUCGCCCUGUGUUCGGGGAGGAGUUGGCCGAGAAAUGGAAGGUGGUGGGAGGAGAAUUACUGUGAGUCCGAGACCCUGCUGUGGCCGUCGUGUGGUGGCGAAAAAGAAGCAGGGUCGUGGUGGUGCUGGUGAUGGGUUUAUCAACAGUGUUAGGAAGCUUCAGAGACGUGAAAUUUGUACCAAAAGUAUUCGGGGUUUUAGUAUCACUGAUGCUCAAGAAAGGUUCCGCAAUAUUCGAUUGCAGGAAGAAUAUGAUACGUAUGAUCCAAAAGGCCCUUCUUCCGUCGUAUUGCCAUUUUUUAGAAAGAGGUCAAAGAUUAUCGAAAUUGUAGCGGCCCAGGACAUUGUUUUUGCCCUUGCACAAUCUGGCGUGUGUGCAGCAUUUAACCGAGAGACCAAUGAAAGGAUAUGCUUCUUGAAUGUCAGUCCCGAUGAAGUGAUAAGAAGUUUGUUUUAUAACAAAAACAACGACUCACUUAUCACAGUUUCUGUCUAUGCUUCAGACAGUUACAGUUCUUUGAAAUGCAGAAGCACCAGAACUGAAUAUAUAAGGAGGGUUCAACCAGAUGCUGGGUUUGCUCUUUUCGAAUCCGAGUCUUUGAAAUGGCCAGGUUUUGUAGAGUUUGAUGAUGUCAAUGGGAAGGUACUGACAUACUCUGCACAGGAUAGCAUAUACAAGGUGUUUGACCUGAAAAACUAUACAUUGUUAUACUCCGUUGCAGAUAAAAAUGUGCAAGAGAUUAAGAUCAGCCCGGGGAUCAUGUUGUUGAUUUAUUCUAAAACAAGCAGUCAUGUCCCACUAAAAAUCCUCUCAAUAGAAGAUGGUACUGUUUUGAAGUCAUUCAACCAUCUGAUUCAUCGGAAUAGUAAGGUGGACUUUAUUGAACAGUUCAAUGAAAAACUUCUCGUCAAGCAAGAAAAUGAAAACCUCCAAAUCCUAGAUGUUCGUACUUUUGAGCUUAAAGAAGUAAGCAAAACGGAAUUUAUGACGCCAUCUGCAUUUAUAUUCUUAUACGAGAACCAACUAUUCCUGACGUUUCGAAAUAGAACUGUGGCUGUGUGGAAUUUCCGUGGAGAACUUGUAACUUCUUUCGAGGAUCACCUUCUGUGGCAUCCUGACUGCAAUACAAACAACAUUUAUAUAACCAGUGACCAGGAUCUUAUCAUAUCAUACUGCAAGGCUGAUUCAGAUGAGUCAUUGUCCGAAGGAAAUGCGGGAUCUAUCAAUGUCAGCAACAUUUUAACCGGUAAAUGUCUUGCAAAGAUAAGAGCAAGUAAUAGCUUUCCCAUUACAAAGGAAUGCAACUGCAGUGACGAUUGCCCGGGUGGUGGUUGUAAUUCAAAGAAGCGAAAACAGGCCUCCAGAAUAAGGAGCACAGUCACAGAAGCCUUGGAAGACAUUACUGCUCUUUUCUACGAUGAAGACCGCAACGAGAUCUAUACAGGCAACAGACAUGGUCUGGUUCAUGUCUGGUCUAACUAAUGUAUCAUUGAAUAUGUUCUGACUUGGCCAUUUCUUAUUGGCCUGUCUCCGUAGUUGUUGUGAUUAUCCUGUCUGACUUCGCCAUUUCUAAUUGGCUUGUCUAUGUGGUUGUUGUGAUUAUCCUGUCCUCACCCCUCCCCUACUACGAGAACUUCUGGUGGAGCUGUAACAUUAUGCGAUCUUGUAUCAUAUUGUUUUUUUACUUGUCACCUGCAUCUUAGGCAUGUUUAAUAUCAGUAGGUGGCAACAAACAUGUAUGAAGUGAUACUGUAUGCUGGUAACUUACAAUAUGUAUGUUUAUGUUGUAACAUAAUAUAUAUCAAAUAUGGGGGAGUAUUGUUCGCCA